CUUUAACGCAUUCACAGUUCGCUACGCGGCAGUGCAGCUCGUACGCUUAAGUUCACGUAGACCUUAUUUACAAACAAAACAAACAUGAAGAUCACAGCUCUAUUAAUGAUGGUGAUGGCAAUGCUCGCCAUGUUCAUCGGUGCUGGUCAGGCCAACCCUGCUCCUAAGGUUCCUGUCAAGCAGGUUGCCAAAGUUGUGGGCAAAGGACUGAAGGUCAUCAGCGCCGCGGGGACAGCCCACGACGUCUAUAGGAGCAUCAAGGACAGAAGGGGCUGAGAAGAAUAAUAAA